UUGCCUCGUUCAACUGUGUGCCGCCACUCCUCAAGUGUAACGACAAAACAGUGUGUGUCUGGCCAGCCCUGAAAGCCACAGAGAGCUCUCGCAGUGCGGUCAGGACGGAGUUUCUGUAGUGGAUUUUCUAGCCCCUUGUUGCUUGAGCGUUAUGGAUACUAGACGUGUGUGCUUGAUGUUGUGCCUUCUUCUACUGGCGCACUCCACAACCCAGCAGACCUCUUCCAAAAGGAAAAAUGAAAGGAAAGACAACAGUGCUGCGAUUGAGGAGCUGAAGAAGCAGAUUGAGGAUAUUGUGCAAGAGCUGCACUUGCUGAAAGAGCAGCAAGCCUUGCAAACAGUUUGCUUGAGAGGCACAAAGAUCCUCGGCAAGUGCUUCCUGGCUGAUCCAGUGAAGAAGACCUAUCAUGUAGCCAACGAGGACUGCAUCGCCAAGGGGGGCAGUCUGAGCACCCCAGUCAACGGAGACGAGAACGACCAGCUCAACAGUUAUGUACGCCAGAGCAUCGGCCCCGAAGAGCACAUCUGGCUGGGAGUCAACGACAUGGUGACUGAUGGCCACUGGGUCGACCAGUCAGGGACCAGUGUGCGCUUUAAAAACUGGGAGACAGAGAUCACCCUGCAACCAGACGGAGGACGGAGCCAGAACUGUGCCAUCCUCUCCACCACGGCCAACGGGAAGUGGUUUGACGAGAGCUGCCGUGCUGAAAAGGCCUCUGUUUGCGAAUUUAAUAUUGUGUGAGGGAGGCCGUCGUCUUGCUCUGAUGUUUCUAAAGCUCAUGUCAAUAACAUGUUUCUGAGCAGAUUAAUUUUCACAUGAAAAGGUGAAUACUGCACGCAAAAACAAAUUCAACGUGUUGCGCAAUUGAAUGCUUUUGGGUGCAUAUGCGUAAGAGACCCUUGGGAGUGAUGUCUUGCAUUACCUAACCAUUAGCUCACUGUUCCUUUGUCAGAUGCAGAUAAUCUAAAACAGGCUGAAUUCACAAUGCUGGUUGGGGAUGGAGGAUGUUACAGACUAAAUCACUGGUACAUGAUGUUCUAUAUGCAAAUGCUUUAGCUGGUGUGAAAUAUCUUUUCUAUGAGCAAUGUACUGUACCAGCCUACAGUUUGCCUAGAAAUCACCGAUGGGUGGCUCGUCUCCAAUA